AUGCCACCAAGCAGGAGGCCAUUGGAGCGGCACUGCACUGCUCGUCUUCUACUCAAUGCUUUUGUUCGCCUAUCCAGAAGUUCACUUUCCACGGCAGCCAAUCAUACCGUCACAUCCAACGACAAGGUGAUGGAAAGUGAAAGUGUGCCUGCAAGGUUAUCUUUUUCACCCAAUCCAGCACGCACUCUUCCCAUCCUCAGCGGCAUAGACGACAGACUCGACGCAACGCAACGCAAUGCGGCGAGCGUGCUCAAGUCGAAUCAACUCCUCGCCAAGGGUCCCGGGGCGAAGAUGCCAUCCGCGCAGAGUCCAAAUGACAGCUGA